CCACCGGGCUUUUAUCCUAUAUUCCACCUACUAGGAGUACACCACAGUGAUAACUUACGUACUUACUUGCUAUUAAGUUAACUGACAAUCCCCUACAUAGAUAUCCUACCUUAGACAUUGAGGUAAGUAUCACCAAGUCACUAGCUCGCGUACUUUCAGACCCCAUGAACCCGCGUCUCGAGACUGUUACACCCAACUACACAGUUAAUAAUAACCCGAUCAUGUGCCCUCAUCAGGAAGCCACCCAGCCGGGCACACACCUCAAUUCAAUAGGUAACCAUAUCUGUUAACAGUCUACCACCCUAAUGAACCUGAACUCAAAAAGUCCAAAUCACCAAGAAAAAAACGGAAAGAAAAGCCAACAAACACGAGGAUAAACAUGCUCCUCCUCAUCAUUUACACUCUCACCUUUUUCGCGAUCCUUGGCGCUUGGAUAUCUGGUGCUUUAGACCCGUAUCAGAAGCGUAUGCAGGAAAUCGUUCUCGAUAGGAUGGGCGAGACGAAGGUCCCGCAUCCGUUGAAAAAAUCCCUCGUGGGAAAGCAACUGAUCGAAGACGAGAACCUGAAUAAGAUUCAGGACCGUCUUGGCGAAGAGAUCAAGGGUGUCUUUGGCAAGGGCGGAGCUGGAGGUGGGUUGAGUAAGGAUUUAUGAGAUCAGGGCGAUUGGCUCGGGACACAGAUAUUGAUCUCAUGAGGAACGGCGAAAGGUCUUAUUGGGACUCCCCGGAUUGAGAAUCAGGUACUGGUUUGUUUGGGCGUUUAUCUCGGGAUUGCUUCAGCCGGAGAAAUUUCUAUAUCCAAGGUCUAUGUGAGCUUGGCUUAGCUACACAGCGUUUUGCACUGCUGGUGAUUAAGGCACAUUAUACAUUAAGAAAGUUCCCAGCUGGGAUAACAUGACUCUAACCCAUCGAAUGACAUUCCAUGCUCUUCGUCUGGCAUAUCCUGGAAAUAAGUGAUAGAAAGUAGCAAGGCAACCAAGCAAACAGAUAAUGGAGAAAAUAACAAGC